GUCACCACGAUCCGUCGAGAGUUGCUUUGACGACAUCCCGCUCGCGCAAAAUCUCAUGAGUCAGAUCCUCGGUCAGUCGUUACUUGCACUUCGGCCACAACUCCAGUCGUGUUGACCUACGGUCGCUUUGCCUCACAUGUCGACCAGAUCGGCUUAGUCACUUCUCACGUCACACGUAAACCAAUCCCACGAUGCCUCCAAUCAAGAUGGAGGGCGUCAAGGCUGAGCGGCCGGACCACAGCCUGCACGAGCUGCCCAUGAGUCCAGAUACGGCUCUGCAGCAUUCGGUCAGAAGUUCAAAUUCUUCAGCGUCCAUCGCUGCCCCAACUUCGGCAACUGCUCAGCCCAACGCCCCUCUCCAUUAUAUCAAACCUGAGCCAGCUUCGAUUGCAGCCGUCAAGCAAGAGCAAGCUGAGCCCAUUGUCAACCCCGCCAUUCCAGCCAACGAUGCCCCAGCUUCUAUCGAAGAACCUGAGCAGCCUGCUCCCCAAGAGGAAGUGCCCGAUUUCCUAGAGCAAUGGACAACAGAAACCUCCCCCGAUAUCCUUGAACAUGGUGUCAAAAUCGGCUUGGAGGUCCUCGAAAGUCUCAAGGUUCCCCUCAGCCUCACUGUUUCCCUCCCAGGCACGCAAGCUAUGACAUGGGUCGAGGCAAUUGAAGACCUUAAGGCCCGCUCUCGGCCGUCCAAAACCAUUGCUGGUGUCGUGGGCAACACAGGCGCUGGCAAGAGCUCUGUCAUCAACGCCCUACUCGAUGAGGAGCGACUUUUACCGACCAACUGCUUGCGCGCUUGCACCGCUUCUCCUACCGAAAUCUCCUACAACGAUUCUGAGGAACCCGAGGAGCUCUAUCGCUCAGAGAUAGAGUUCAUCUCCGUCGAUGACUGGAAGAAGGAGCUGAAGACUCUUUUCACCGAUCUCCUCGACGACAGCGGUAACAUUUCACGCGAAUGUGCCAACGAGGAGAGCGAGGCUGGCAUUGCUUACGCCAAGAUCAAAUCCGUUUACCCCAACAAAACAAAAGAGAUGAUCGCUCAGAGCGACCCUGACCGAUUGGCCAGCGAGCCUGCUGUCGCCCGUGUUCUUGGCAGCGUCAAGAAGCUGAGGGCAACCACGGCCAAAGACUUGUAUGCAAGCAUGCAACGUUAUGUGGACAGCAAAGAGAAGAAUCCGCAUAAGAAGGACGUCCCCAUGGAGUUUUGGCCCCUGAUCAAGGUCGUUCGGAUAUUCACCAAGGCAAAUGCCCUGUCUACUGGUGCCGUAAUUGUCGACCUUCCCGGUGUCCAGGACUCCAACGCAGCUCGUGCCGCUGUAGCACAGAACUACAUGAAGGCAUGCACCGGUCUUUGGAUCGUGGCUCCGAUCAACAGAGCAGUCGACGACAAGACAGCCAAAUCACUGCUGGGCGACUCGUUCAAGCGCCAGCUCAAGUACGAUGGCAUUUACUCGGCUGUUACAUUCAUCUGCUCCAAAACAGACGACAUUUCAGUGACUGAGGCUGCCGAAAGUCUCGAUAUCGAGUCUGACAUCUCCGCUUCUUGGUCGAAGAUUGAGAAGCUACGCGGUGAACUUCGAGAACUCAGGAAAACACUCAAAGACGCGAGGGAGGAGAAGUCGGACCUUGUCGACGGCCUCGAGCAAAUCGACACGCUUUGGGAUAAGUGGGACGACCUCUCCAGUAAACACGCGGAUGGGCAGACCGUCUUUGCCCCCUCAGAGAGUAAGAAACGCAAACGUGGAGCCACUUCAUCCAAGAGUCGGAAACGCAAAUCGUCUUACUCCAGUAGCAGUGAGUCAGAUGACGAGGACUGCAACUCGGACAGUGAUAAGGAAAACAACCCCGACAACCAGAACCGGCAACCUUUGACAGAGUUUAAGAUCCAGGAGAAGCUAGCUGAUCUCAAGAACCAGAAGAAGGAAAUUCGCCAGAGGCGCAAGGAGGUGGAUGCUACGCUUUCCAACAUUCGGCAGGAGAUCAAGAACAUUCAGGCAGAGGAAGAGCGGCUGCUUGGGGCAGCCAAGGCGGUGUGUAUCCAGGGAAGAAAUACCUACUCAAAGGGCGCCAUUCAGCGUGACUUUGCCAUGGGUAUCAAGGAGCUGGAUCAAGAGGCUGCAAUCGAGGAAGAUGAAGAGACGUUUAAUCCCGAUGAGGAUAUCCGUGAUUACGACAAGGUCGCUCGCAAUCUGCCCGUCUUCUGCGUGAGCAGCCGCGCUUAUCAGAAGAUGCGGGGACGGUUGCAGAAGGAUGAUUUCGACAACGAUGGCUUCCGGGAUGUCAACGAAACAGAGGUUCCUCAACUCCAGCAGCACGCCAAGAAGCUCACCGAAGGCGGUCGCGCUGCUAGUGGUCGUCGUUUCCUAACCGAACUCAGCCAACUGCUCAACUCAAUGAAAAUGUGGGCUGCCAAUGAUGGAUCGCGGUCUCACUUGAGUCAACGAGAGUUGCAGAGUGAGGGGACCCGUGUGCGCGUGCAGCUUGCUACCCUAGACAAGGACUUCGCUAAAGCAGUUGAUGACUGCAUCGCAUCCGUGAAAGACGCGCUCUCGGAGAGCAUUUAUGACUACUUCGACUUGUCGAUUCCGAUGGCAGCCAGUGCGGCCGGUCCCAUGGCAUCUGGCUGGGGUGCUCAUCGUAGCGAGGGUGGGAUGUUUUGGGCCACCUACAAGGCAACCUGCCGCAGGGCGGGGGUCUACACGGGCGCGUCCGGUCUUCGCGACUUCAACGCAGAGCUGCUCGAGCCAAUUUCUCGUCAGCUAGCGAGUGGCUGGGAGCGAGCUUUCCAACGUCGACUGCCAUCGGCCUUUGAGGGCUUCGCUAUGAACGCUCGCCUUCUACUCGAGGCCUUCCACGGCAGCGUCAUUGCACGAUCCCAAGAGCUAGGUGCCGAUUACAAUGGCAUCAACAUGCUGAGUACGCAAUUGCGAGCUCACACCGCCCGCCUCCGGGAGAUCCCUGGGACACUUCGCACAGUCGUUCAAGAGUUGCAGCGUGAGGCUAGCCGCGGCUUUCAUCCUGUCGUUCAACAGGAGAUGCAACCAGCUUAUGAUAUUUGUGUCGCGGAGUCAGGCCCCGGUUCCUACGCACGCAUGAAAUAUCAAAUGGUCAGCCACGUCGAGACCUCCCGCGAUACCAUGUUCCGCCGCUCCACUGAUAGCGUCAAGGAGCAGCUUGAGGGCCUAUGUCGACGACUCCAGGACGAAAUGUCUACCCAAGUCCAAGAUAUCUACAGCCUGCUCGCCCGCGACUACUUGCAUGUUCUCAUUGGCGUCGACAAAGACCCCAAGCCCACCGGCCUCCCUCGUGCUGAGCGACUGCUCCGGGCAGAGAUGUACCAUAAGCUGGAGCAGACCGCUAAACGUUUCGCCAGACCUGGUCUGGACACGAUUGAAGACCCCGCAAACAUUCCCGGCGGGGGCGCAGGUGACGACCCGUUUGCGGACUCGGCGAUAGCUGACAUGGACGAUCUCUUAUUAGCCCAGUUUGCGGUGAUACCGCCGAGGGUGUUGGUGUCCGAGACGCAAUUAAGAGCGAGCCUUUGGCCUGAUUUUACAGCUGCACCAUGAUUUGCGCUAUCUUUCUGAGGGAAAAGCGACGGCGAACUUUGGGACUUUUCUACCUACCUUACAUUAUAGAGCCUUCAGGUAUGGAUACAUGGCACUGCUUCUGGCUUCUACAUGGUAUAAAAUGGCGUCUGUAGCGUGGGAAGGCUACGGGGAUAGGAGUUUCGAGAUCCAGUUACACAGAUAUCCAACAAUGAUUACUUGCUUUGACGACAACGUC